GAUUGAAACAGAUUGUAGCGCUCCGCGGGUCGCAAUGGCAACAGUCCGCACAGGACGGCAGCAGCAAGUUUUGUCGUAUUUGUAAUGUUACGGAGACAUUAUAAGUCGCUGAAGAAACUACUUUCUAAUGUGAGAAACAAACGUUACACAAUAUCUCCUGUCCGAAAAUGUCCCAGGGAUGUACCGUUUCUGUGGAAGAGAUCCAGUCUUGGUGGGAAGUCCCCGCCAUAGCCCACUUCUGCUCGCUGUUCAGGACAGCUUUCAACCUUCCUGACUUUGAAAUAGAGGAGCUGGAGAAGGCCCUGUCAGAGCAGGACUUAGACUUCCUCGGGGACCUCAUUGCUUGCCUGUUGCAGGGAUGCUACCAGCGCAAUGACAUCACCCCCCAGGCAUUUAGCAGUUACCUGGACGAUAUCAUCAGCUACCGGUGGGAACUGGAAGAAGGGAAACCGAACCCACUUCGAGAGGGCCCGUUUGAGAAUCUUCCUCCUCGCACUCAGGUGAAACUGCUGCACCGGCUGUGCGACUACCGUCUGGAUGCUGCAGAUGUCUUUGACCUGCUCAAGGGGCUUGAUGCAGACAGCCUGAGGGUGGAACCACUAGGGCAGGAUGGGAAUGGAGCCCUCUACUGGUACUUUUACGGCACUCGUAUGUACAAAGAAGAGCCAGUAAACAGGAAAGUGGAGAACAUCAGCUUUUCCAACAGCGAAAUCACUGAACUAACAUUACCAGAGAAAAAGAAAAGGGGAAGACCACCAAAGAAGAAAAAGCUUGAAGACCCUCAGCUGAGUGAGGCGGAAAGUGAGGUCUCAGAAGUGAAGACAGAAAAUGGGCUGGAAGAUCUCUGCCCCAGCACAGGUCGUAAGAGAGGCACUUGGUCCCUUGUGUGUGAUACGGAGGAACAGUGGUUCAGUCUGGCAGAAAGCAUCAAGGACAAAACCUCCCCACAGGACCGCCACCUCUACCGCGUCAUCAGCCAUAACUUCCUGCCUGAGAUAAGCAGCAUGAUUGAGCACAAGGAGCGGGAGCAAAAACAGAAGCUAAUGGACCCAAGCCCAGUUCGCACAUCACAACGGUUCUCUAUAAAACACAUUAACCAAGAUGAGGAGGACAAUCUGCAGACCAUAGCAGAGGACGAGAAGAAGAAAGAUGAAGAGCUGGACAGGCAGGUCCUGCUGGCCGAGCAGCGACGAGAAGAGGAAAGGCUUCAGCAGGAAGAACAACAGAGAGAAAAGAUGGAGAAGAUCAAAGCUGUGGAGGAGCGAGCAAAGAGGAGGAAGUUGCGGGAAGAACGGGCCUGGUUACUGUCUCAAGGAAAAGACCUGCCACCUGAACUCCUGAAUCUGGAGCCGUCCUCUCCUGUCCAAAGAACACGCAAAAAUAAAGCAUUCUAUGAUAUUGACGACGACUACACUGCGUUAUACAAAGUGCUUGAGGCUUUGAAAGCCCAUAAAGAUGCUUGGCCUUUCUUGGAGCCCGUGGAUGACUCCUAUGCCCCCAAUUACCACGAGAUCAUCAAGACUCCUAUGGACCUGUCCACCAUUGAAAAGAAGCUCAGUGAUGGGGAGUACAUUGCUAAGGAGGAGUUUGUUGCCGACGUGAAGCUCAUGUUUGAAAACUGUGUUGAGUACAACGGAGAAGACAGUGAGUACACCAUCAUGGCAGAGUCUCUAGAACGGUGUUUCAGCAGGGCCUUAUUAAAACACUUCCCAUCAGAGGAUGGCGACACAGAUGAGGAAUUCCACAUCAAUGCUGAAGACAAGGAGCGCAAGGACAAAAAGCGCAAUCGUGGCAGUAAAUAUUUGGGACCUGAAAGUCUGAUCAAGGCCACUGAGCAAGUCCAACGUAAGCGAAACUCUCAGGGGGGCAAGGGCAGUACACUCUCGGAGCAUGAAGACCACAAGCCAACACGACCACCUCUCCCCCAUCACUGGGCCAAUGGCCCCCCUCACCUCUACAGCCUGCCUCCAAGCCAGCAGCACAUCCAUGAAGGAGACAUCAGGGGCAUGUACCACCCAGGGCAACAGCUCCACCGUCCCCCCGUACCUCUUGGUCCUCAUGGUCCACACAUGUACGCCCAAAGAAUGGCCAUGGAUCCCCGCUUUGCUUACCCAGCUCACAUUCCCAGGCAUGGAGACCCUAGUUUCAACCGCUUGCCCCACAACUUUAACAUGCAGCAUCGCAUGGUUGAACAACAUCACAUGGGUCCUAGGUAUCAAAUGGGCCCAGAUCCUAACCACCAGCAGCCUCCACACCAGCAGCAGCACCCCUACAUGGGCCCGACUCAUGGCCCGUCUCUGGGCCCACGUCCCAUGGCUCUCCAACCUGGACCUCCUCCUGAAGCCAGUAUGUACCCAUCCCACCACCGUCCAGAGGGCCAAAACAUGCACCCCAUGGUCAACAGAUUCUCAGGGCCGGAAGGACCACAUCAGCACAACUACCCAGGCUUGAGGCCUCCUGGUAUGGGCCUAUCCAACAUGUGGACUGGCAUGAAUCACCAGGAGAGACCCAGUGGGAUGCGCAUGCAAGAUCCCAACAUGGUGAACCAGCGCACUUUUAGUUAUGGUGGAGUCCCCCCUCCAGUGGGGCAUAAACCAUGGCCAGAAGCUGCUGGAUACCCCCAACCUCCUCCCAAUGCCCAGUAUCAAAUGUCUACAGCGGUCAGCUCCCCGGGGUCCAUGUCCUCACGUCCUCCUGUUCCCCACCCAGACUCUUCUGGCAGGACACGCGUGGCUUCCAUGCUGCAAAGCCCAGAGAUGCUGGCCCUGCAGCAGCUGUCAGCCUCUUCUGGACCCCCUGCUGGUGCCCCUCAUCAGCACAUGGGCAACUUUCAGCAGCCUGGGCCCCCAUCAGGAAUUGGCAGCAUCCCAGCUCACCCCUCUCAGCAGCCUCCCCCUGCCCCUGAGGUUCAGCUGCUGCGUCCUUCUAGAGACAAUGGGCCAGACAGCCAGCCUUCCCAACAGACAGACAUGCAGCCCAAAGACUCAACAUCAGAGAAAAAGAUGGCUGCCAACAUUUCUGAUGACACUGUUCCAAUUAAUGAAGAGCACCCGUCCAUCCCUAGCCCCACAGGACACUGCACUGGGCCAGCAGAGGAAACGCAAAGCCCCCCAGCCCCUAACUUAGGCAGAUCACAGGAGAAUCCGUCCGGGCAAGAGAUCCCAGGGAGUUCAACAGAGAGCCACAUGCAGGAGACAGAUGGCCAGAGACAAUCUAGCAGCCAAUGUCCCAUUCAACACAUUAGUGCUACUACUGUUUCCACCCAUCUCAACACAAGUAACAACAGUUCCACCAAUCCCACUCCACCCAACCACCCUCAGCAUGCACAGAACAGUCCACAGCAAAAAGCUCAGAGCCCCACACUUCUUCACCACAAUGUACCACCACUGCAUGUUGCAGCAUCUCCAAAUCCCACCCAGCAAAUGUCAGAGAACAAUGUGCCACGCAUGCAGAAUGCACAUCAGAAAAGUGAACCCCAUCAGAACAUCCAAAAGCAGCUGCAACCUCAGGCAGCCCGGAAUACACCUCCUCAAUGCCGCCCUCAGGGCUCUCCCCAGCAGAUGACCCAGAACACACAGCAACACAAUUCUCUGCUACCUCCUCAUCAUGUCCCCCAAAACAUCUCUCCACAACGUCUUAUGCAGAACAGCUCCAUGCAUGGGAUGCCACAGAGUGCCACACAAGGAGUCCAGUCUGGACCCCCUCAGCCAGCCCCUCUCACCUCUUUGCCACCGAGUCAUCCUGCCCCACUAUUACCCUCCCAGCCUAGCCCAGCAGACCGUGGAGAUCAAAGACCUAGUGAGCCUACAAGUAGACCGGACACAGAAGGCACUGCCGUUCCUCCACAGCACACCAUGAUGAAAUCUGGGACUCCAAAUGGUAUUUAUAAACACCAGGCCUUCAGCCCCACACACCAUCAAACCCAGUUGGUGGGUAAUAACCAAGGUAUGCAGGUUCAGAGAGGGCCAGCACCUUCCCUUAAUCCAGCCAUGCCUCCUCACUCCCAAGGCCAGGCAAAUGGAGCCAUGGGUCCAUAUGGCAUGGGGAACCAUCCACAUCCACACUACAGCCAGACAAACAUGACCAGGCCCAUGCCACCGUCUGCUCACCACCCUUAUCAAAACCAGGCCAUUGACCCGCUCCACAGUCCUGCUCACCACCCCACCUACCACCAGCAGGGAGGGACUGCCUACUCCUAUCACAUGCCAGGCCAACAGCACCCUCAGGCCCACCCCAACAUGUACCCACCUCAUCAGUACCAGCAACAACACUACUACCCCCAACUCCAUCCCCAAGCUCAGGGCAAUAACCAGGCCAGCAGUAGAGGGGGUUAUCCUCCAGAGGAGUGGAAUCAUUCCCAUUAUCAGCCUCGCCAACCGAUGCCACCCACUGCCUACCUACCUGUAGCUAGUGCCAGAAGCAAUGGUCAUUUGAAGGAGAGCAGUGUGUCGCCACUGGGCUCUGAGGGCUCCAGUGGUGCUAGUUUGGUGUCCCCUGGCCCUGUGCCUGAAGUAGGGCCACAUCCUGGAGGCCCAGAGGAGGGGAGGUGUGAAAGCAGGGAGCAGGCCGGUGGAGGCAGCAGCAGUGGUGGCAGCCCAGCAAAGCAGGCUCGUACAGAGAGCUCAGAGCGCCCUGAAAGCCCUAAAGAAAUCCUGGACCUCGACAGCCAUAAUGCCGCUGCCCGCCGCCGUAGCACCCAGCCACCUCAACGACAACACCCUCCUGCCUCUGCCGCACACAUGGUGUCUGGCUUCAUGUAUGACCCUCGUGCCGUGCACCCAGGAAUGCAGCAAGGCGGCGUUCCCCCACCCCACAUGAUGUCUCAGGUCCGUGAAGAUGGCAACAGAGCCCCUUUCCCUGGCCAGCCAUACCCAGAUCCAGGACACUAUGCUGCCCAAAGACCUCACCCACACCUGAUGGAGGCUCUGCAGCGGCCCCAGCAGCUACCCUACUCCCCGGGCCAGACACGCAUGGCGAUGUACAGACACCCCCGGCCUGCGGGGUACUUCCAGGGCAUGAUGAUUCAGCAGAGAGGCCUGGUACCAGAACGCUUCAUACACCCAGGGCAACAGAUGAUGGCUGCUCCCGGCGGCCCUAGCAGUAAACAAGAAGUGUGACAAGUACCAUAUCAGAGCAUGUUAUUGUCAAAGAACAUCUGGACAAAGCAGUGAGCCAAACGGAAGAAUAUGUGGGCAUCCUGACUGGGCUGACAGAGACUGUCGAGGGGACACUUUGCUCCAAAUACAUUCCUUACUGAUUUUCUUACACUGGACAAAAAACUUUUGGCUUUAUUUAGCCCACCACUGGACUUGAAGAUCCAACCAGGCAGCUGGUAUUACUAAGAUGAUGAUAAUGUGAAAUGUUAUUGAGCCCUGGAGAAAUAUUCUCUUUUAGCACAGGGUCAGUUGCAGAACAGCUCUGAUGGACUGGUUGGGAUUCUCUGACUUGCUCAAGGACACUUCACCAGAAUGGUUGCUGCCCCAAAAUGAACGUUUGAACGAGGAUCUUACAGCAGAAGGGCAGCCUUUUUGACCACUAGGCCAACCUGCCAAACACAAGGAACACUGGACAGCCCUCCCCUCUUUGAACUAUUGAAAUAUGAAUGGAUUAAAGGUGUAAUUGAACACAGCCUGCCUAUCUUGUCCGUUAUCAGUAGAGCUUGAUGGAGCUGUUAAUCUACUGCCUGAGGAGGACUGUGAUGGACUCAGAGUGGGACUGUUGUUUUUACUGCUAUUUUCAACCAUAUCUUUAAUCUCAGGUGUUGAAAUGGAGGUACUAUGAGUCUGUCACCCUAACCCAGUCAACUCACAGGCCCCUUGCAAUUGCCUUGGUUUCCUUUUGUGAAUGUAUGAGUGAAUGUGUAGAUGAUGAGGUGUGUACAGCAGAUUAGCUGCAUGUGAAAUGACAUGAAAACUGAUCAUUUGUCUGAAGCAUCCUGAAAAACGCCCAGUUACUGUCCAUUUCCACCCCAAAUCUUAACAGUGUUUCUCUAGUUCUGGAGGAAACACACAGUAUAUGCAUCUUUCAAAGCGGCCUUCAUUAAGAAUGUCUUUGACCUGCAGAGAGUGAUCGGCAAAGACGGCUCAUUUUGUAACCUGUACCUAACUCUCUGUUAUGCACUAUGGAUUUUUGUUAGUCUAGACAUCCUGGAUGUGAGUGGUCUUGUCUGUUUUGUAUUUUUUAGUCAAACGCAUAUAUGUAUGAAACUUAUAUCCUUACCUCUUGUCCCAGAUGAUGGAAUUCUAAAAUUCUUAUACGGUGACAUGUCCUUUGAGCUGGUAUAUGCACAUACACAGAACAAACAUCCUGCUGUUGUUUUUUUAACAUGUGUUAAUAUGUUGCAUUCCACUUACGAGUUUGUAGCUUUAGUUCUUUGUUCUUUCACAGCUCUGUCCUUUUUGCAUAGUUGCUUCUUUGAGUGCGUCCUCUCUUCCACAUGUCAAUACUAAAGGUUUCCUCAGGGUGUACAGUUUCUAUAUACGGGUAUUUUAUUUUGCGUUGUUUGAAGGUGGAGCAGCUUAAAGAAAAUGGGGCUGUGGCAAGUUGGCCCACCUCAUGUGAAGAACUUAACUUUUUUAAGGGUCUGUAUUCAUUGUCCUUAAUAUUUUGCUUAGCACACUGCCAACCUAUUGGACAAAACCGUGUCCUUUUUAAGUUGAUGGAAGUGAGAUUGAUCAAAAUUUGAGUUACUCUACAUUCUGUUGAUCUGAUGCCAGACCGUUUGUCAUCACAAUUAAGAUCACAAUCUACCUCAUCUAGCCAUUAAGUGGUAUCUACAGAGUCGCUCCACUUCCUCUCCUGCUCUGCCAGACUCCUGGUGGUCAACAUUUUAUGACCAAGUGAUGAUUUUAGCACCCCUUUUAGUUUUUUAGGCUUACAGAACUGAUAUUAUAAUGGCCUUAAAAUACCUUACCUUGGGAGAAAAUCAUAUUUAUCAGGUUGCUGUGUCAAAUGAUGCUGCUGACCGACCAACCGACUCAACAAGAUGCGGACAUGUGACAGUGACAGAAGUCCUGUAAAGGAAGCAAAUCUAUGAAAGUGUACAAUAUGUUUUUAAAUGGGACAGCACUUUCAUUCUCAGUUUGUUUUUUUUGUUUUUUUAAUGUCAUCUUUUGAGUAUGAUGGACAAUAUUACAUCAGAUGUCUGUAAGUUGGUCUUUUUAGUUGUACAGAUCGCAUGCCUUCCUGCCUACAGCUUGUUUAAACUAGACAGAGUAGGCAGUAUUCCAGCCUAGGGUCUGUAAUAGAUGGCAUAGACUUUGGCAGAAUUAAUGUUCCUUAGUAAUAGGUAUCUAAGGCAUUGUAAGGGAAUAUUUGAGAAAAGAUGAUGGAAUAGGUAAGUGCUAGAAGCUGUGAGACAAUUUUGUAAAUGUGUCACACAAGACUCGUCAUGGAUAACUUGCUAUUUUGUCUAAAUAGAGAAUUGUCUCAAUAUUUAGUGGGCCUAAUAGGGCCACUUUGGAGGUAGUCUGUUCACUCGCGCUGUCUAAUGUAUGAAGGACAGUUUUUAUUUUAAAGGUUGUGAUACUGUGUUAUGGUGUACAGAUGUGUGUGUGUGUGUGUGUGCGCGCGUGCGUGUGUGCGUGUUUUUCUGGGGUGUAGAAUUGGCACCAGACGAUCGGAAGUGUGCAUCCAACUUUCACUUUUACUCUGCUGUCAUCUCUCUGCACUAGUGAAAACCAUUUAGAUGUAAAUGUGAAUCAUAUUUAUUUGCUCUUUUAAGACAUUUUUGUAAAUUUUUGGACUUGUUUUAAUAUAAAUGUGGUGUAUGUUUCUUUUUUUCUCGAUGUCAUUUUUGUUGUUUUUAAGCAGUUGUCUUUUACCUCAGUAGCAUGGUGGCAUUGGGAAAAAAAAAAAAAGAAGAAAAAAAAAGACCUGUACGUUUAAUUUUUAAGUGACAUUUACAAGUUCUUAUCUGACUGACAUAGAUUAUUUUGGAAAUGGAAUGGAGUAUUUUCUAUACUGUACAUUUCUUAGAAAUAAAUAACUUUCUCGAACUAGAA